AAUGGGUGCUUCUUUCUCUGAAGAUAUCUUGACCGAGAUUCUCAAAAGACUUCCUGUACCAUCUCUUAUCAGACUCAUGUUAGUUCAAAAAUCAUGGUAUCGUCUAAUACAAAGUCCUGACUUUAACAAGGCUCUCUCUUGGUAUCAUCAGAACAACACUCCUGCUUAUAUUCUUUUUCACACCAACUAUUGUAAUAGGCCUAUUUCCUUAUGUGUCAACGACAAGCAAUUUAACCAAUAUUCUUCCCUGCCCUUUCCUCAAGAUUUUAAGCAUGCAAAAGUACUUGGAAUAUCGAAUGGUCUUAUAUGUUUAAGUCAUUUGAGUCAUAAUAAUCCGAGGCCGCUGCGGAUUUUUCUUUGGAACCCCGUUAUUCGAAAAUUUAAAACCAGUCCCCGUUGUCCUAUACCUGAUCCAUCAUCGGGCGGGAGUUUUGACGCCACGGGUUUAGCUUUUGGAUAUGUACAUAAGAUGAAUGAUUACAAGGUAAUCAAUACUGUGAGACCUUAUGAUGAAAUUGGAAGAUAUAUUUCGGACAAAAUUGUUGUGCUUGUUUAUAGCUUAAGUACUAAUUCUUGGAAGACUUCUUGGAAGACGGUUAGCAAAGGCAUGCUCCCACUAUCCCGAAAUAUUGAUAAACCAGUUAUCGUGAAUGGUGUUGCCUAUUGGAAUGGGACAGGAGGAUCUAUUGCUUGUUUUGACAUAGAGAGUGAGAUGAUGCAAGAGAUUAUGAUGCCAUUGAAAUAUCGUUCUCUAGUGAAUUCUAUCACCCUUGUUCAAAAUUUCAGUGACCUGUUUCUUUUCGGGUUCGACUAUGUUAAUGGCUGCCCCUCUUUUCUUGACAUAUGGCUACUAGGAGAUGCGGAUGUUUGGACGCACAAAUUUAGACUUGAUCUUGAGAAUAUUGAACAAGAUCCCGUAUGUUUUAUGAGUAAUCAUGAAAUAAUAUUGAAAAGAUGCUAUCCAUAUGGAUUUAAGUCCUACGAUAUUGAGAAGGGUGAGCCAACAGAGAUCAUUGAUGAUUUAUUGGACUUAUGUUCAGCUCUUGACAUUGGACCAUUUACUCGGGGAAUAGGAGCAAGUCCUUUCGUGGAGAGCUUGGGCUUGCUUGGUGAAGAGUCAUAUACUUAAAUCUUGUAAAAUUGGCUUCUGCUGCUUUCUUUUGUAUUUCUCUCUUUUCGUCGCUAAUAAAUAAGUUGAACUGGUCAAGUGAAUACUGAUAUUACAUAUAUCAGCCCCUCGC